AUGGAGAUGAGUCUUAUAGAAGGGAGCAGUAUGACGCCUGUAGUCUUCGAUAUUGGUCGAGAGAUGCAGAGCGCAGAGUUGACGGAUAUGAUCGCGGCCAUUUUGCUCGCCUUACAGUGCAAUCUAUCGUUCUAUGAGCUGAGAAAGAGCUUACUGGAGCCCACAAGAACUAUCUCCGACCCUUCACUCUACCCAGACAACGUCAUCAAACGUCUACGAGAUGCCCACCCUCCGCCUCUUCGCAAGGUAGAAUACAACGCAAUCCCAGCUUGUCCACUUGGUCUUAGCUCUCUAUUAUCUUGGAGCCAUUGCGCAGCGGCCUGGCUUCCUGGGGUAUCAACCGUUCCACUCCCCUACGACGUCUACACCGUAGACAUUAUGGAGGGAGUGUUCUACGCUCUUCGUGCUACCGACGAUCCUGUCUCAGCUCUCGAAACGCUUUCGAGCCGUAAGCCGGACAUUUCCGUCACUCCUGGCCAACCGCUGGCUUGGAACCUUUGGAGGCUGUACCACCGCAUCUUGCUUGGGAUUGCCCCGCCGGGGAUGUGCUUCGCCGCCACUCUUCCUGUUGAAGUGCUCAGUCUCAUCUUCGGCUUUCUGAAGGAUACCGACAAGGUCGCCUACGGACAACCGCGAUGGGAUAUGGCCGCUCACAUGCCAAUAUGGCUUGUAUGCAAACAUUGGAGGGAUGUUCUUAUCAAUACACCGUCCGUGUGGCCGGGCAUAGUCCAGGGCUAUAGCGAUGUAUGGACUAGACGCGCGCUCAAGUUCUCGCAGGGUGCCGCUCUCGACAUCGAUAUCGGACCGACUCAGUUCGAGAGAGCAACCGGCCUCUUCCGAGAGACGACAUAUCUUCUCUUUGAAGAUACAGGCCGCGUCCGCUCCCUCAAACUAUGGCCGCAGUCUUGGGUCCAAAUGUCGCUCACUUCCUCGUGGCUGGAAACCGCCCAUGUCCCACAACUUGUAUCCUUGACGAUCGCUCCAGCCGCUACAAUGCUACAUGGCUAUGGAGUUUCAAGCAACAUCUUCGGAGGAGUUCCUCCGAUGUGUCUCAAAUCCGUCGCGAUUGCCGAUUGCAUCAUAAACUGCGCUACUUUCCCGCCUUUUCGGUCCUCUCUUAUCCAUCUAUCCCUCGUGCGCUGCAACGUUUGGCCCUCACUGGGCCAUCUGUUGGAUACACUCGCUGCUCUACCAUUGCUAGAGCGUCUGGAGUGGAACAUGGCACGAGCGUCUUUGAUCAACCUUCCAUCGACGAUACGCCUAGAUCGCGCUCGGUUUGAGUUCGCGGAGGCGCGUGCCAGCUCGGUGGCCCUUGAAUUUCUCCAGUCUCUGAAGUUGCACUGUCCAACCGCAUGUGCUUCUGCUAUAAUGCGCUCACUCUCUAUACUCGCGCCCUGCGAAGUUCGUCUCAUGGACGACUACUCGUUAUCCGGAGAGGAGGGACACGAUAUGACCACGAUUGGAGAUGUCUUGCGAGAUCUUGAGUCCUCCUUAGGUGUGCAUGUAUCACGACCGUGCACUCUGGUCGACGGCUACGAGUCGUACGAGUUACGCAUCAACGGGAGUCCGCGUGGUCUCCAUGAGCACAACGCCCUUACACUCGAGGUCGUGACAGAGGUUCACGCGCAUGCACAGCCCGCGCUUGCUCUCGAUCUCAAUCGCAAGUCUGUCAACAUUCCUCGGUGUACCAUCACCCUUUCAGUCUUCGAUGCUGUCGACUUUCUCACAGACGAAGAUGAACAGGAGCGCCGGGAAAUUGUACACCGCGGGGUCAUGCAGCAUGUCAUACAAAGUGUCUUCGCCUGGCCAUCGUUGAAGACUACGUGCACUCGCAUGGUCGUCAAUCAUUCGCAUUUUGCUGAUGGGUCAAUGUGGCUCGCAGCGUUGAGGCCUCUUCUUCGUCUAUCGCAAAUUUGCAUAGAGAGCCGAGGCGAUGCCGAGGCGUCGGCCGCGUCAGCCGCAGUUGAUGGACUGGCAUCUGUCCUGUCCGACCAGCCACCCUAUCUGGCGUACCUCAACCAGCUCACACUGGGUCCGCACCUGCGCCUUCCCGUGGAACGGGGCCUCAUACUCGCACACUCCCUGCAGAAGCGCUAUCAAGGAGGGGGUACGCCAGUGAAGCUCGUUCUGGAAGAUUGUAUCUGCUGGUGA